GAUUUAAAUAUCAAUGCUGCACUUUGAAGUUAUUCAUCAUUUGUAAUCUUUUCCUCAAGACGCAUUCCACCCAAUGGAAACAUGAAAAAUAAUUACUUUUUCUGCGCCUGCUUCUUCAGCUUCUUCAUAGUAUUAUAUGCAGCAGGGCCUGCCAAAUCAGGUUGCUUAGAAAAAGAGAAAGCUCUUGCCUUACUUGAAACAGCUGAAAAUUUUCUGACGAAAGCGAGAUACGCUUAUCCUUCUUGCAAAAAUAAUUUAAAUUCUACAGAUGAAACAGAUUGCGAUAAUGAAAAAUCUUUGGCCUACAUUGAAAUAUCAAAGAAGCUGAUUUCCGAUGUAAGGGAAAACUUUCCAUCAUGUUCCAAGCUUAUUGUAGAUGACGAUCAAGAUGACGUAAAAGAAGAGAAAUACAGUGACUGCUCUGAAAUUCUGGCAAAUGGACAUAAUAUAAGUAGAGUCUACACAAUAUGGCCGAGAGAGUUCCCAGCGAAAAAGCAACUGAAAGUUUUCUGCGAUAUGGAGAAAAAUGGUGGAGGAUGGACGAUGAUCCAAAGAAGAGGAAAAUAUCCUGUUCAACAAGAUUUCAAUCUGGAUUGGGAAAGCUACAAGAAUGGUUUCGGGAACUUAACACAAGAGUUUUGGUUAGGUAAUGAAAACAUUCGCCUUUUGUGUCUGAAGGGAUGUAAAAUACGUUUCGAUCUCCAAGAUGAAAGAGGAAUUGUGUAUUUUGCUGUUUAUCAGAACUUUAACUUAACAGCCAACAAUUACCGCAUUGAUAUCAGUGGCUACUCAGGAAAUGCAACUGAUGCCAUGAAGUACCAUAAUAAAUAUGAAUUUUACACUAAGGAUAGAGACACCUUUGGAAAAGCUAAGGAAUAUCAGUCAGGAUGGUGGCAUGGAGGAAAUUACUAUUGCAAUUUAAAUGGCAUCUACCAACCAGGGAAAAAUGGCAAACAAUACGUUUACUGGUGGAAAACGUCAAAUGACUAUAACAAUUUGGCAUCCGUGGAAAUAAAAGUGAAGUCAAACUAAACCGAAUCUGCAAUAUGUGAAGAAUAUCAAUGUGUUUGUAUUCAUGUAGAUGCUUAUUGCAAUACUAUAAUAUUCUCAAACCAAUAAAACUUAUUUUGUA